UAGUUAACAUGGGGGAUGCCGAGGUCAUAGAGAAGCUGAAAGGGGUGCCACAGCUGUUGGCAGCCCCGAAAAGGAGCAUGAGGAGAGCCGGCAUCGACACGGCGCUGGAAGUUGUCAACAGAGAUGAGUUGCCGGAUGUGAUAGUGAAGGGAGUGUCCCGACUCCUGGUGCAGGUGGUUCCGAGUUACACCGACGGCCCCUCGAGGAGCAAGUUACGUGAACUGAUUUACACGUUGGCCAAGAAGCAUGCUGCCUCCAUCCCAGCGCUUGCCCUGUCCCUGCAGGCUCUUGCGCAACAGCAUUCAUCGGCACCUCAUUCAUCGCGUGCACUGGCCCGAAUCCACAUUUUCCCAGCAGAGGUGGCAGCAAGGGUCUGGUGCAUUGCCUUUUCUUCCAAGCACCCCAUUAGCUCAAAGGAGGCCACUGCUCUAACGGAGGCCUUGGCGAUACACUUCUCCCUCACGGUUGCGGCCAACGACAACUUUUUGACUAGCAAGACCCUGAAAACCCUCAGGCCCAUUAUAAAGGAUGAGGAUCUGCUAAAAGCUGUCUGUGAGGCAUUGGUGAGCGGCGAGAUCAGCAUACACCGCGUGAUUCUUGGGGGUCACCUUCUCCAACUCAUGACCCAGGACAAUGUGUCGCCUCCCGUUGCCAACAUGAAGCGUGUGCUCACCGAGACCUACGUCAAGUUGGUCAUCCAGGUUAAGAUCAAGCCAAGACCGUUCAUCUUAGACCAGACACGGCCACUCUUGCGCCAGCUGAGCCAUGACGAUUUUAAAGAGCUGAUCUUACCUGCUCUUAAAAAGUCCCUCCUGCGUAAUCCCGAAGUCAUCCUAGAGGCUGUGGCUCGGCUUUGUUCGGGGCUCAAUCUUGACCUGAGCCAAUACGUGGAAGAACUUAGCAAGUUGCUUGCCAGCCCACUCCAUGCCAAGGAAGAUCAAGUGCGCGAUGACACAGUUGAGGUGUGCCGACAGCUUUCAAAGCAGUGUAGUGAUGCAUCAGCCGUGGAAGUACUUGUGAAGCUUGUGUUUGAUGUGUUCUUUGGCUCAGAUGGAAAGCUGACUGUCAAUACUCAGAAAGUGUCUGUCCUACAGGGCGUCGAGGCCAUCAGCGAGCACUGUGUAACAGGGAGCAGUGCUUACAACUUGUCAGUGAUGGUCUUGGAAAAGAUGAUCAAGGUCCUGGAGACGGAGAGUCAUGAGGGGUCGCUAGUGCAAGGCCUCACUGCCCUCACUGCCUGGGCGGGCAAGUUCAACACCGACAUCCCCCCAAAACUGAUUGAAUUCUUCCCGAAAGGGAUGGGCCUGAAGACUUCGACCACAAGUGUGAGGGCAGCGUACAUCCGGUGCCUGUUGGCGUGUGUUACCCCCUCAAGUGCCUUCAAGGCGGCCACUCUCAUCCCCAAACUGCUGGCCUGCAUUGACAAGGCUCUCAGCCAGAGUACCCAGGUGUUGAUGUUAUCUGAGGCAUUGACAGCAACAGUUUUGCUAUUGAAGAUCAGCAUGAGUGAUAUGUCUGCAGAGGAGAAAAUUGCUUCAUUGUGGUCAUCAACCCUGGACCUACAGAAGGGGUAUUUCACAGGGGAAAAGUUCUUCACUCAGGCUCCUAAGGAAGGUUUGUUGCAGUUGGUGACGUGGUGUGAAAUUCUUUUGUCGCAUCACAUUGGAAAACUGGGGAAUGAAGCGAUGGCAGUGGAGCAAGCGCUGGUAUGGUGCUUGGUUUGUCCUCAUUCCCAGGUCAGGCUGGCAGCACAGAACUCGUCCAAAAAGCUGGUUGCCUCCUUAGGCGGAGCUCAACUGGCAGCAGAUCUCCUAAGCAACCUGACAGUAAUGAUGCAGAAUGCAAAAGUUCAAAAGGCAGACGAACCAGAUGCAGGCGGAGGCAGUGCAGUAGGAGAGCUGAGCCCUGCUGGGGUGGCUCAAGCUCUCAUUGUCAUCUGCUCUCCCAGCAAUCUAGACAGGAGCCAGAAGGAGAGGCUAGCUGUGCUGGCUCUUCCUGCUGCUUUCCAUCCUUCAAUGGUUCGUGAGAAUCCCAACUUGUGGGAGCAGGUGUGCCGUGCCCAGGGCCUGAAUGCAGAAGAGGUGAUUAAGAGCCAGGAGGGAGAGAUUGUUCCACAGUUUACAACAGAAUACAUUCCAUCAUCAAUUAAUGAGUCGGUCUUAGCAGGCCUAGCUCGUUUAGGAGGUAGAGUGGUUAUCCCGCCAGUAGUAAAGUAUGCCAUCAACCGCCUAAACAACCCUAAGCUGACGCAGGUUUCGGAGGAAGACUUUGCUAUUUUCAACACGCCCGAAGGCACGCUGUUCAACCAGUCUGUAGUGGAGGAGGCCUUUGAAGAUCAUUUAAAUAUUCAGAAUGUGAAGAAAUCAAACAAGGUUUACAGCCACAAGGAACAGCUGAUGAUGCUUGAGGAGAAGAAGAAGGAGUUGGAAAAGAAGAGAAAGGAAGGAAAACUAGAAUUAACAGCCAAGCAGAAGGAAGUCCUGAGAGCCCAGACGGAGAAGGAGAAUGCAACAAGAGAGAAAGUCCGAGCGCUGCAGGAUAGCGUCGCGGGAGCCAUGUCAAUGUUGAAUGCUCUAGUGGCUGGCAACCUGGACGACCUCGCUCCCCACUUCAUGCACAUUGUCCCACUUCUCACCUCAUCCCUGAAGUCGAGGGUCAUUGCCCAGCAGUGCUGUGAUUUAUACCUGAAGCUGAGGAUGGCAGUCUUUGAAAUUGAUGAUGAUGUUUUUGCGCACACAUUGGCACGCACCACGGUUAGAGUUUGUGGUCCGGUCAUGCCGAUACCAUGGGACUGGGAAGGGGAAAGCCUAGAAUCGUCAGCCCAAAGAACGCUCAACAUGCUACAUGAAGCCACUGUGCCAAAGAAAUCCGCGAACGAGGAUGACGACGAGAAGUAUUACUGUGCCCCGGGCUUUGUGUACUGCCUGCCCUUCCUGGAGUGGGUCCUCACGAAGCGACUGGGCGGGGAGGAGAAGUUCGAGGUUGUGGCCGGGAAGGCUCUGCAGGUGAUCAGCGAGCACAUGGCCAUGAGGGGGGCCGACGAGGAGGACCUUUAUCAUCCGUGCUUCCUGCCUCGCAAACACCUCCUCACGCUCUUGAUCAAUGUGAUAAGCACAAGCUCUGGACGUACGCAACAGACGGCGUGUGCUGUGCUGGAAGAGAUGUGUCACUGUGCGUCAGGUGAUAUUGGCUGCGAUAAAGCUUCUCUGGAUGAGAUCAAUGUCCUUCUAAAUGCACUUCAGGCCCCACAACAGGCGGUCAGGGAUGCAGCACUCAGGGGAUUGAUUGUGGUGGUGAACUGCUUCCCUACCAUGGAAACUGACCAGGAGACCAGCCUACACAUCACCCAUCGACUGUGGGUUGCGAGGCACGAUGUCUCAGAGGACGUCUCCAAGCUGGCUCUGAAGCUUUGGGAAAUGGCCGAUAUGCAGGCAACAGGAGCUCUGAGUGAAGGUGUCCUGCGAGACAUUGUCCACCCUGUUGGUGCUGUGCGUGAAGCUGGUGCUGUGGCUCUGGCUGCCCUCGCAACGGAUUAUCAGGAUCUUGUAGCUCCCGUCACUUUAGAACUCAUUGAAAUAUUUAAGGCCAAGAAGGAGGCAACAGGAGCUCUGAGUGAAGGUGUCCUGCGAGACAUUGUCCACCCUGUUGGUGCUGUGCGUGAAGCUGGUGCUGUGGCUCUGGCUGCCCUCGCAACGGAUUAUCAGGAUCUUGUAGCUCCCGUCACUUUAGAACUCAUUGAAAUAUUUAAGGCCAAGAAGGAGGCAACAGGAGCUCUGAGUGAAGGUGUCCUGCGAGACAUUGUCCACCCUGUUGGUGCUGUGCGUGAAGCUGGUGCUGUGGCUCUGGCUGCCCUCGCAACGGAUUAUCAGGAUCUUGUAGCUCCCGUCACUUUAGAACUCAUUGAAAUAUUUAAGGCCAAGAAGGAGGCAACAGGAGCUCUGAGUGAAGGUGUCCUGCGAGACAUUGUCCACCCUGUUGGUGCUGUGCGUGAAGCUGGUGCUGUGGCUCUGGCUGCCCUCGCAACGGAUUAUCAGGAUCUUGUAGCUCCCGUCACUUUAGAACUCAUUGAAAUAUUUAAGGCCAAGAAGGAGGCAACAGGAGCUCUGAGUGAAGGUGUCCUGCGAGACAUUGUCCACCCUGUUGGUGCUGUGCGUGAAGCUGGUGCUGUGGCUCUGGCUGCCCUCGCAACGGAUUAUCAGGAUCUUGUAGCUCCCGUCACUUUAGAACUCAUUGAAAUAUUUAAGGCCAAGAAGGAGGCAACAGGAGCUCUGAGUGAAGGUGUCCUGCGAGACAUUGUCCACCCUGUUGGUGCUGUGCGUGAAGCUGGUGCUGUGGCUCUGGCUGCCCUCGCAACGGAUUAUCAGGAUCUUGUAGCUCCCGUCACUUUAGAACUCAUUGAAAUAUUUAAGGCCAAGAAGGAGGCAACAGGAGCUCUGAGUGAAGGUGUCCUGCGAGACAUUGUCCACCCUGUUGGUGCUGUGCGUGAAGCUGGUGCUGUGGCUCUGGCUGCCCUCGCAACGGAUUAUCAGGAUCUUGUAGCUCCCGUCACUUUAGAACUCAUUGAAAUAUUUAAGGCCAAGAAGGAGAUGACCCCGGCAGUGCGUGAUCAGUAUGACCGCAUAAUUAAGGAGGCAAUUGACCUGUGGGAAGGGCGGGCUGGUGUUGCAAUGGCCCUGACCCAGCUGGCGCCCUUGUUCAGUCGCGAAACAGUUGUGACCCUUGCCAAUUUCUUUGUCCCUGGUGCUUUAGGUGAUCGUAAUUCUGAAGUGAGGAAUAAGAUGCUGGCGGCUGCUAUGGCUGUUGUCAAUUGCCAUGGAAAGGACAAAAAGAACUACAAAUUCAGGGAAGGAGCUCUCUUUGCCCUAGAGCAGCUGUGCAACAUGCUAGGCAAGCUGUUCGAGCCCUACAUCGUGCACAUCCUGCCGCACCUGCUUCUGUGCUUCGGCGACAACAACCACUACGUCCGGGAGGCUGCCGACGAUACCGCCAAGGCCGUCAUGGGCAAGCUCUCGGCCCACGGCGUGAAGCUCGUCCUGCCGUCCCUCUUGGCUGCGCUGGAGGAGGACUCGUGGAGAACGAAGACAGCCAUUGUACCAGUAUUGCUUGAUGCUUUGCAAGACCCUAGCAGGAACACGUCAACUUGCCUGCAGACUUUGCUCGAGACGAAGUUUGUCCAUUUCAUCGACGCGCCAUCCCUGGCUCUCAUCAUGCCCGUAGUCCAGAGAGCAUUCCAAGAUAGGUCGACCGAGGUCCGAAAAAUGGCGGCUCAGAUCAUCGGUAACAUGUACUCGCUGACUGACCAGAAGGACCUGCAGCCUUACCUCCCGGCCAUCAUCCCAGGCUUGAAGGCUUCCUUGCUGGAUCCUGUGCCAAAGGUGCGUGCCGUUUCAUCACGUGCACUGGGAGCCAUGGUAAAGGGCAUGGGAGAGUCCAGCUUCGAUGACCUCCUACCCUGGCUGAUGCAGACGCUGACCUCGGAGUCUUCGAGCGUUGACCGUUCAGGAGCAGCUCAGGGUCUGGCAGAGGUCGUGGGUGGCCUAGGUCCGGAAAAGCUGCACCGCCUGAUGCCCGACAUCAUCGCCACGGCUGAGCGCUCUGACAUUGCCCCCCACGUGAAGGACGGCUACAUAAUGAUGUUCAUUUUCCUCCCGACGGUGUUCCAGGACGAGUUCACCCCUUACAUCGGCCAGAUCAUUCCACCCAUUCUGAAGGCCCUCGCCGAUGAGAAUGAAUUUGUUCGUGAAACUGCCCUCAAAGCUGGUCAGAGGAUUGUCAACACUUAUGCUGAAUCUGCCAUCACGUUGCUGCUGCCCGAACUUGAAGCUGGCCUGUUCCAUGACAAUUGGCGUAUUCGAUACAGUUCCGUACAGCUGUUGGGAGACCUGCUGUUCAAGGUAUCAGGUGUGUCUGGUAAGAUGACAACAGACACUGUCAAUGAAGAUGACAACUUUGGUACAGAACACUCCCAGAGGGCCAUUAUUGACAUCUUGGGUCCAGAGAGGCGCAACAGGGUACUGGCUGGGCUCUACAUGGGUCGGUCGGAUGUUGCCGUGCUGGUGCGGCAGGCUGCGCUCCACGUCUGGAAGGUGGUGGUUACCAACACCCCCAAGACCCUGCGAGAAAUUCUUCCCACUCUCUUCUCGCUCCUUCUUGGGCACCUCGCUUCUACGAGCUGUGAUAAGAGACAGGUGGCAGCACGUACACUUGGAGACCUCGUACGCAAACUUGGUGAGCGCGUCUUGCCAGAAAUCAUUCCCAUUUUGGAAGCUGGCUUAGGGUCUCCUGAGGCAGACCAUAGACAAGGUGUUUGCAUUGGUCUCUCUGAGAUUAUGGCAUCCACCAGUAAGGAUAUGGUUCUGUGCUUCGCUGACAAUCUGGUGCCGACUGUAAGACGAGCUCUGUGCGAUCCUUUGUCGUCAGUGCGUCAGGCUGCUGCCCAGACCUUCGACUCCUUACACAGCACUGUAGGAUUCCGUGCUUUGGAUGACAUCUUGCCACAUCUGCUUGCACAACUAGAGAACGAGGAUGAGACGAAGGAAUACGCUCUCGAUGGCUUGAAGCAAGUUAUGGCUAUUAAGAGCAGGGUUGUCUUGCCAUAUCUUGUUCCUCAGUUAACUACGCCACCAGUCAACACCCAAGCACUGUGCAUCCUUGCCUCGGUUGCUGGAGAUUCCCUUACGCGUCACCUGAGCAAGAUCCUAAUAGCCCUCCUUGGAGCUCUGAGCGAGGCUGCUGGAACGCCCGAAUAUGAUGAGGCCCUCAGUCAUUGCCAGGGUGUGGUCCUUGCUGUCGUGGAUGAUGCUGGAGUUACUACCAUUGUUGAUGAGCUGUUGCAGCACUCCAAGGGAAACAACACCGGAAUGUCACGUGCCUCUGUAGCUCUGUUGCUAGCAUUCUGCUCAAACACAAGGGCUGACUACAGUGACUAUGUACCGCAGCUGUUGCGUGGCCUGAUUCACCUCUUCACCCACACAGAUGAUGAAAUCAUCAAGACUGCUUGGCUGGCACUAAGUGCUGUGACCAAGAGCUUGGAUGCAGCUGACCAGAAAUCACUAGUACCAGAUGUCCGACAAGCUGUCAAGUUUGCAGCCUCAGAUCUCAAAGAAGGACAACUUAUGCCUGGUUUCUGUUUGCCCAAAGGUAUUCAGCCAAUCUUACCCAUCUUCCGAGAGGCUGUGCUUAACGGCGAACCAGAGCUCAAGGAAGCUGCCUCUAAUGGUCUCACUGAGGUGAUCCGGUUGACAAGCUCAGAUGCUCUCAAGCCUUCGGUGGUUCAUGUUACUGGCCCUCUCAUUCGUAUUCUUGGAGAUCGCUUUGCAUGGAAUGUCAAAGUGGCAGUGUUAGACACGCUAGCACUGUUGUUGGCUAAGACUGGAGUAAUGCUGAAGCCAUUCCUGCCGCAACUGCAGACCACCUUUGUCAAGGCUGUGCAUGAUCCCCACCGUGGUGUAAGGCUGCGGGCUGGUGCAGCUCUCUCGCAUCUCAUUACAAUCCACACUAAACCAGAUCCACUCUUCACUGAACUGCACAAUGCCGUCAAAACGUCAGAUGAUUCUGCUAUUAGAGAUACGAUGAUUCAGGCCCUGAGGUGUGUCAUACAGCCGGCUGGAGACAAGAUGAGCGAGAAUGUCCGCAAAGGGAUUUUGGGAACCCUGGGAGGUCUUCUCUCUCAUGACAACGACUCCACACGCCUCUGUGCUGCUGGUGCCAUUGGUGUCCUUCUGCCGUGGCUCCCUCCAGAUGAUCUGCGCUCAGCUCUCACCCAAUAUGUGUUAGAUGAUAAUGUAAAUGCUGACUGGACAGUCAGACAUGGAAGAUCAGCCGCUCUCUUCUCUGCCUUGAAGUCAGCUCCGGGUAAAUUACUGGAGAUUAGUACUGCUGAUCAGGUGACUGCAGCGCUUAUGUCAUACAUGUCAUCAGAUCGUUCCUCUUUAGUGGAGAAUGCAAUGGCAGGUAUUGCCUUCUUCCUGGCACACCAGCUGAAGAAGGGUGCUGGGGUGCCCACACAGCUUCUUCAGCCUUUUGCUAAGCUCAUCAACCACAACAGUAACGAGGUGAAGCAGGGAAUGUGCCGAGCCUGCCAGUAUACGGCGGAGAAGCUGGCCGCAGAAAAGGGCAUGCAGAUCCCCCGCGAAGUCGCUAAGCCUCUGGUGCCCAUGCUGGUGAACGGCACCAAGGAGAAGAACCAGGUUGUGCGGUCGUCUGCGGAGAUGGCGCUCGUGGCUAUACUGUUGCUGAAGGAGGGAGACCAGGGACAGCAGGUGAUCCUAAACUACCUGGAGGGGGGAGCCCGCGAGCCCCUGAACGAGGUGAUCAACAAGUCCCUCCGUCGGGCCACCUACAUCCCGGUGACGGACUCCGAGAUCGACCCCACCCUGCUCACGUGAUCCCGCGACCCGCCAUAGCAUAAAAAGAAAGGGGGAAGAAGAGGAGGAGGAAGAGGAGGAGGAGGAGGAAGAGGAGGAGGAGGAAGAGGAGGAGGAGGAAGAGGAGGAAGAGAAGGAGGAGGAGGAGGAGCUUCAUCAACACCACCACCAUCCUGCGUUCUUAUGCGUCGCGCCUCAGUGGACUUCGCUGGCGGCUUGUAUAGGAGGUUAUACAAGAUGACAGGAAUAUUUUUAUGACCUUUCUAGCACUCUUAACAAAGCGAAAGUAAUUAAAAAAAAGUUCUUUGCGUGCUGACGACAAAAUAUAUAUAAAAAAACAGCUGUGUUACGUAAUUCCUUCGCUAUUUUUUUUUCGAAUCUUUUGGGUGAGAAAUGAUUAUAAUAAUGAUAGCUUCAGCUUGGUCUGGAGUGGGCUAAUCUGGAGAGAAAAAAACAAACAAAAAUAACAAAAAGCACCCUAAGGUUUGGCCAAGUUACUGCACUGCUGUCUAUCCUUGCCAGUUCAGCUUUUUUGGCAUUAUAUUUUGAACCACUUUUGUUAUUGGGAAAAGGAUUUUUUUUAUAUACAUAUAAUGUGUUGCUCUCUCUCUUUUGGGUCGUCGGCUUCACCAUAUCUUUUGUUCAGUCCUGCCAAGACCUGUUCAUGUGUUUAUCCUAUUUUUUAUUAUUACUUUGAUAUGUUAAUAAAAGUCUUGAAGAGAUACUAUUGGUGCAACCUGUCAGCAAGUUAAACAGAAGCAGGGAAGAUAAGUAUUUAUAUAAUAUUUUCAUAAAACCUUAAGAAAUAUAUAUCACUUAGUAACAAAGGCUUGUAAACGGUGGUUCUAACGACACAGAGUUUAUUGUUGAAUGGCUUGGAAAAAAAAGAGUACAGGGACUUUAAAAAUGGUAAAGUAUAUGGCAAAAAAAAGUUCUUAUUUUUCUUUAUUUUUCGUUUUCGUUUUAUAUCUCUUGUGAAAUAUUUCUAAGUAAAUUAAUGACCGUUUCA